AUGGCAAAGUCAGCGAGUAAAAAGUAUCAAGAGGAUGUUGGAGAGAGCAUACCUGAGGAGUUCAAGAAACAAAUGGAGACACCGGCAGCCACUACUGAUGUUGAGGAUGAACCAUCACUUGUGUCCACUUUGAUCAAGAACAUAAAGAUUGGUGGAGACAUGAACACAAUGAACAUCAGUGGUGCACAUAUCCAAGCCAAGUCAUCACUUGUCUUCUAUCCCGAGGCCUUCCUCCACUUUGAUCUGCUCACAGUUUGUAACGACAUGGAGAGCGCUCAAGAUCGUAUGCUCCAAGUGUUCAAGUUUGCCUUGUCCACUGGAUACUUGCCGGAUGAUCUCACCAAGAAGCCAUUGAACCCGGUACUGGGUGAGACAUGCCAGUACGAUAUCAAGUUCCCCGAGAAGAACUACGUCGUUGAGUCAAUCUCGGAGCAACUCUCUCAUCACCCACCCAUCUGUUCCAGCACAGCCUUUGACAAGAAGGCUGGUAUCUCUGCCACCUUCUACGCACCCAUGAGACUAAACUUCAUGGGAACAUACGUUAAGUUGACCAUCGAUGGCAACAUGGAGGUUCGUCUAGAUAAGUUUAACGAGGUCUACACCGUUACACAGCCAAUACUUGCUGUGCGUAUCUUCCGUGGCUUUUGCGAGUACAUUGGCGACAGUAUCAUCACCUGUUCCAACUCGAAAUAUCGCACCAAGUGCACAUUCCAUGCCAAGCCAAUGUUCUAUGGCCAGUACAAUUUGAUUGAUGCAACAGUGUACAAUGGCAAGGAGAAGUUACAAAAGAUCAAGGGAUCAUGGGACAAGGAGUUGUCCAUAACAACAUAUAAGAAGGAGGACAGCAAGCCAUUCUUCAAUCUCGAGAGUCUAAAGGGAGCCAAGGGUGUGAUGGAGGAUGUUGCACCAGAGAAGCUGCUGCCUACCGACUGGACCUUCGCAUGGAAGGGUUUACUCGAUGCAGUCAAGACCAACCAACCCUCAAGAGUUCUGUCCCGCGAGAAGUCUAAAGUUGAGGAGCACCAAAGGAAGCUUGCAGCUGAGCGCAAGGCCAAGGGUGAGAUUCACACGCCAGCCCUAUUCGCUCAAGAUAAGAACGGAUCAUGGGUUCUCAAGGAGACUCUCUAG